GGGACACAGAGAAAGAGAGAGAGAGAGAGAGAGAGAGAGAGAGAGAGAGAGAAUGGUGGGGACAGAUCCACCGCCCAUACGCACGCAGUCUUACCAAAACCAAGCCCAUCUCUGAUCUAUUUUCAACUCGAUCUACCUUAACCCGAACCCAAAUAUUACCCCCUUGCAAACAACAAAGGUCGAGACUUGAGACCCAUCUUCUCUCUUCAUCUCUCCUAAUACUUAACCAACACAACGCCACUGCUUAUGCUGAAUUCUGCUCACAAUUUGGUGGCUGACACCAAAAAUCCACCCAUGUUUCCUUUCUUGUUGAGGCCUCGCUAGCUAUUACCCCAACUUCAUUACCCAAAGAAAAUUUAACAAGUCUUCUUCUUCUUCUUCUUUGUUUCUUUUUUUUCUCUCUGCUCCCACUAUACCCGUUUCCUUUAGAAUCACCUCCAUAAACGUUAACGUUUAGUGCUACUUUUUGUGUUUCCAUUAGUUCUUGGGUCGUCUCUCUACCCGCUUAGGUCUUGUAUAAGUGAAUAGGGCUGUUUUUAGGUACUUAAAGAAAGAGGUAAUUAAAGUCAAAGGAAAACAAAAAGGCAAGAAUAUGGAUCCAAUAACGGCUCAUGGCCAUUCUCUUCCUCCUCCAUUCCACACCAGAGAUUUCCAGUUACACCAGCACCAAUUUCCCCAUCAUCAGCAGCACAACUCAGAAGAUGAACAAAGCGGCAGUAGUAGCGGCGCCGGCCUUAACAAGUCCCAGAAACGAGAACGCGAUGAAACUAGCAAUAACAACAGCGAAGGCAGAGAACUGAUCCCUGCUGGCCCAGGUGGAGGAGAGAUCAAUAGAAGACCCAGAGGCAGACCCGCCGGAUCCAAGAACAAGGCUAAGCCCCCAAUCAUCAUCGCCCGCGAUAGCGCCAACGCUCUGCGCACUCACCUGAUGGAGGUUACCGAUGGUUGUGAUAUUGUUGAAAGUGUAGCCACAUUUGCUAGGAGGAGGCAAAGAGGGAUUUCCAUUAUGAGUGGAACUGGAACAGUAACCAAUGUAACUCUGAGACAACCAGCUUCGCCAGGUGCAGUUGUGACCUUACAUGGUAGAUUCGAGAUAUUAUCACUAUCUGGGUCCUUCCUGCCACCGCCUGCUCCGCCUGCUGCUACGGGCUUGACCAUAUAUUUAGCUGGAGGACAAGGGCAAGUGGUGGGUGGGAGUGUUGUCGGUACACUUACUGCUGCAGGUCCUGUUGUGAUUAUGGCUGCUUCAUUUAGUAACGCUGCUUAUGAGAGGCUUCCAUUAGAAGAGGAGGAUCCACAGCUACCUAUGCAAGGGGGUGCAAUUGGGUCGCCAGGAGCGGUUGUUCAGCAGCAACAGCAGCAGCAGGUUUUGGGAGAGGCAAACGUGCAGCUCUUUCAUGGAUUGCAGCCUAAUCUCCUCAAUUCUAUUCAGUUACCAACGGAGGCAUACUGGGCCAGUGGGCGACCUCCCUUCUAAGAAAAUGACUGAUUCUCAAGGCUGUAUUAGUUCAGUUUCCCAUCAUCUUCAGGUUAGUUAUCAUCAAGAGGUGACAGACAUUGUAGCUAGCUAGAGAAUUUGGGUUGUUGAGCAUUUUCCGGUUUCGUUUUUCUUUUAUUUUCCCGAGUUACUGUUUUGCAUUUGAUUAUCAUUAGCUUAUAUGCCUGAUUGUUGAUUGAAUUAAGGACUGUAAAUUCAAGGGUCCCAUGUGGGUUUGAUUU